ACCAGAGCUGCCAUCACCAUGUCUCUGGGGUCCUUGGCAUUUGGGGCCCUGGGUGAGGAGGAAGAGCAAGAGGACUCAGAGAGCCUGGACAGCUUGAAGGCACUCACCGCCAAAUUAAAACUACAGACCAGAAGGCCCUCAUACCUCGAGUGGACAGCCAGGGUCCAAAGCCAAGCCUGGCGCCGAGGCCAUGCCAGGACUGAACUGGGGGAACCAGGCCCUGGAGCCAUCUGUGGUUUUCACACUCUGGAUGACGCCCUGCAGUGGCUCAGAGAAGAGCUGAGGCAGAUGCGGGCCCAGGACCGGGAGCUGGCAGGGCAGCUAUUACGGCUGCGGUCUCGCAUGCACCAGCUGAAGGUGGAACAGAUCUGCAGGCAGCACCAGGAGCUGCUGGACGACGCUGAGCUGGAGGCCGAGGCCGAGGGCCUGGGCUUCGGAGAGGCUGCAGAGCUGCUGAGCCCGGGCUCCCUCCGGCCCACUCGACUCCUGGCUCCCCCACUCAGGGACAUCGGCCUCACCCGGAUGAACAUCAGCACUCGUCGGUUCACCCUCCGCUGAGCAGGCAGGCCCUGCUGCAGGCAGCUGAGCAUCCUCUGCUGUCCUCCGGGGGUGUCUGACCCCAGACCUUGGUGCUCUGCUACCUCCGGCCUGAGGGAGGGAGAGAACUGCCCAGCCUUUCCAGAGUCAGCUCUCCCCAGGUACCUAGAUCAGGGGUGAGGAACCUCGAGGCUACUUGUGGCCCUCUAGGUCCUCAAGUGCAGCCCUUUGACUGAAUUCAAACU